AAAACUAUAUACAUAUCAAAUACUUUUGGGCCUUUUUCAAUUUUAUUUAUUGUAUUAUAAUUUUUUUUAUAUAUAAAAAUAUAGAUCUAUAAAAAAUUGGACCCCUUAUUUAUCAUUACACGGGGACACGGACUCGGACCCGGGGCGAUCGUACCGCUUGUCACCCUUGUAAGCCGGCCCUGUGUUUAAUUAACGUACUUCAAAACAUUGUGACGUUGGACGUUUUCAGAUUUUCAAAGCUCGUGCCAUUGCUUCCUUCUAUAAAAUAUCAUUUGUUUUUAAGAGAGUAUAUGAUUUUUUCACUUAAGGUCAAUUAAAACUCGUUAACUCGAAUUCAAAUAAAUCUAUGAUAAAUGACGUGUUUAGAUAAGAAUAUACUAUCAAAAGAUUAGCUUUCUUACACGCAUAUCUUACACAACUGUUAUGUAUGAUCAUAACGUUUAUUAUGUACGGACAAUACCAUUACCAACUGUAUUUGUAUCAUAGGAGUAUUAGCUAACCGCAAAUCAUAUUAAUUUCUGCUACAACCAUUUUGAAAAUUUUAAUUUAUACACGAAACAGUUUAAGACGAAAGUAGUGCAAUGUAAUUUUGUCUUUUCAAAGUCAGUCCACGAUCAGAUUUAAUCAACGAGCCAUCAUGAUUAUACCAAUUGCCUCGGAUCUUUCUCCGAAUAAAGAAAAAUCUAUACUAGAUUGAUCAUCGUAUUCUUACAUCAUCGAUUCGUCGCACUCGCAUUUUUUUUUCUCCCUCUUGUUUGGCGUCCCAUGGCACGUAUUCUCAGUUACAAAUUUCAAUGCUUCUUAAAUUUUAGAGCAUUUAUGAGAGUGGGACAAACUCUUAAGGUAUAACUUUAUAUAUACUCAAUUUAUAUGUAUGUGCUGGUUUACUUUUCCACGAUAACAUUUUUUGACGUUCUAAGCAUCUUAUAAAUGAUAAACUAAAUAUGGUUUACAGUAGAUGGAGAAGAUGUCCAACCUGAACAACUUGGGGUCAACCAUUGAUGACUCUGGGUGAAUUAUUCUUGACUUGACCAGCCGCAACGAAUUGACUCUACAAAUUUUAACAAACAAAUAAAUAGGGAAAAUUAUGUUCAUUCCAAAUUUGAAUGGUGUCUUAUGAUCUUAAUUUAUGUAACAAUUAUUAUACUGGCUGCUAUUUUUAUGGUUCCCUACUUCUCUUUUACAUCAAAAUUACUUUAGUACUUAAAUUUAAAUCUUUAUACACUCCAAUAAAAGUAACUAAAGGUAAAAGCAUUUCUAAAGAUGUUGUACAGUUUUGGGCAAAAAAGUCAGAACCAACAUUAUCUUGAAUAUCUUUUUCUCUAAUGAGUUUUGUCAAUGAGCGACGUAUUAAUGGGAAACUCUUCAGUGCAUUGGAAAUUUCUGUUUUAGAGAAUAAUAAUUAUGGGAGCAUUAUUUACAACAGGAGAAAUAGUAUUACAGUGUCAUUCCACCACUUUUUAAGUCUUUACUUGACAAUAUUUCCAUAGCUUUGAUUAAGCAGACUUCUCCUAUCGAGAGAUUUAGUAGCCUCGCGGUUUGCUGAUAGUUAACUCACACCUAUAAGUUAUCACCACCAGUGCAUGUGACAAAAAAAACACAAAUCAUCUAACCUAUCAUCGUAUGAGCUAGAUUGAAGAUAUUAUCAUUUAUUAUUUUGGUCGAAAACUUAUUGUUUAUAUCAAGACUUUUGAAAAUUCUUUAGAUUUUAUUCUGUUUACCGUUAGUUUGUUUAUAGUUAGGACUUUGUUAAGUGGUUAAUUUAAAUAGUUAAAUGUUGAGAUAUAUGUCUAAUUGUAGAGUAUAAGAUCGAAACAUGAAAAAUCGGAUAGAAAACUUUGAAAGUAGUAUUUUUUAGAAUGAGAAUAAAAAGAAUAAUUUUGACCAAUUCAAAUACAGUAUAAUUGUUAUUUGUUAAAAUUGUGGCUUCCAUGAUUUUUUUUCGUAGUGGGAAAAUAUCCAACAAGGUUUUUUGGUGGAAACUUAAUCAUUCUAAUUUGUAAUAGUAAGAACAUAAAAAUUCCUGGAUAAUACAAAUCAGAAUAGAAGUUCUCAGAUGAUCACUUUUUCCGAUUUAUUAAGUUUGCUAUUUUAUAACUUUGAUAUACUAUAAGAUAUUUCCAUAGAACUAUUCUAAAUAUUGAAAUAGAAAUGAGAACUAACUAUUUGUUAAACUAAGUCAAAUAGUUACCUUUUCGUCUCAAGAAGAGAUAACAAUUGCUUGAUAUGUAAACUUAAGUUGAAACAAUAACCAGUUAAAAUCUUUUGGAGAAGUGAGAAUGGAGCUGAGUGGUAAUAUUCGGUCUUCAUUAGGUGGCUUGGACAUUGUCAAUUUCGUAGAAAUUACAGAAUAGAAAAUUGAAAGAACUAAAUCCUCAUGUUUCUCUUUUUCUUUUGUUCAUCUGUCCAAGUUAAAAGUUUCGGAUCAAAAGCAUACAACAAAUCUCACCUUUGCGAGCACGAAGUAGAAAUUAUGCCUCAAAAGUCAUGAUGAUAGAUAGAUAAUUUCGUCUUGGCCGAGAAUAUAAUAUGCAAACAGUAAUGAUGAGCCUAGAAGGAAUUUAAUGUUUGUUUGAAUCCUCGUCAGAUAAUGUUGGAAUAGAGAACAUAAAACAAUUAAAUCAGUGUGAUCAAAAGUCAGUCCUCUCCUUGGCAUCCUUCUUGGCCUCUAGUGAACGAAGGGUGAAAGCGUCAUAUUAGGUAGCGAAAAAGACUAAUUCUAAAAUCUCAUGCUCAAAAGACUUUUACUGGGUCCGAUAAUUGAUUAAGAAGGGAUUAAUAAGUCAACAGGAAGGACUUGACCAUAUCGAUCUUUUUCAUAUAAAUGAACACACACGACACAUGUUCUCUUUAUACAAUCUCAAGAAGAUUCUAAUGUAAGAGUCCUAAAAGCCAAACAAUAAAACAGUAAACUAAAGGCAUGGAUGAGGCGAUGGGAUCAUGGGACACAAGAAGGGAAGAACAAGAAGAAGAAGAGAAACAAGUGUUAAAACUUCCAGGGUUUAGGUUUCAUCCGACCGAUGAAGAGCUUGUAGGUUUUUAUCUCUCUAAGAAAGUAUUCCUCAAGAAAUCCAGCAAGAUAGAUGAGAUAAUCAGCCAAAUUGAUAUCUAUAAAUUCGAUCCAUGGGAUCUUCCUCGCUCAAGGAAUACGGAGAAGGAGAGCUACUUCUUCUGCAGGAGAGGAAGGAAGUACAGAAACAGCAUAAGACCGAACCGAGUGACUGGUUCCGGUUUUUGGAAAGCCACAGGAAUCGAUAAGCCUGUCUAUUCCGAUGGCUCCAGCAAAGCCGUGAUUGGUCUAAAGAAGACACUCGUUUAUUAUCUUGGAAGCGCCGGGAAAGGAAGCAAGACAGAUUGGAUGAUGCACGAGUUUCGCCUCCCAACAGCCAAUGAUACCAUCCCUGGUGGCUCCACUCUCCUUAACCCUACUCCUUCUUCCUUGCUACACGCUGAAGUGUGGACGUUGUGCCGGAUAUUCAAGAGAAAUGUGUCUAGUAGAAAAUACACUCCGGACUGGAGAGAGUUAGCAGGUGGGAAACGCAUGAAGCCGCAACAAUCUAAGUAUCAAGAAGCUUAUAUCAGUUUUGGUGACAAUGAGAGUAGUAGUAGUACCAAUAAUAUCAACCUUAUGGAACGCAAAGAGAACUAUGAGAGGAACGUUUUCCAGCUUCGCCAAACGCCCCAUCAACACCAGCCCAUUCCAGUGGACACAACUAUUACUACACAAGUCGAUAGUACGGUUCCACAUUUCUCAAACGACAACAUUCACGAUAUAACCUACGAGAACUGGGACGAGUUACGAUCUGUUGUGGAAUUUGCUUUCGGCCCUUCUUUUCUUAGUUAGGUGUCUUGAAUUAACCUGAUAAGUUGAUUACUAGUAUAGAACUUGGACCUUUUGUUGGAUGUUGCAAGGGACGAUACACUGAUCAGUGAUCAUCAGUUUUCUGUUAUAUACAUAUUAUAUGUAUCUUAUUGUGUAUAUGAACUUCCAUGAUUAUAUAUAUACGUACCCAUAUUGAUCCAUAUAAUAAUAUUCUCCGUUUCGAUCCUGGGCAGCACCAUCAUUAUCCAAUAGCUAUUGUUUUUUGUUAUUUUUUUGUAAACUUUCAAUAGCUGUUCAUUCAAAAAAAUAAAAUAUAUAUAUUUAUAUAUUCUCCGUUUCUCCUAUAUAAUUUGACGCACAUUUUCCUUUUACGCUCUUGGUAACAAUAAAUCUUUUGAAGACAAAACUAUGAGCGAUACAUAUAUAAUUGUUCGUACGUUGAAUGUCUUUUCUUUUGUCAAAAUGUGAAUUCAUUUCAUUUAGAAAUGGCUAGGAGAUACAAAACUAUAGUGAUCGGGAGUUUGAUCUAAAGAAGACAAAUGAUGUAGACAACAAUAUCUUUAGAACACAACGAUGUAAACAGUUUUCAGUAGGUAAAAAUGGACUUUAUUGAUGAAUAAGAUCGAAUACAAUGAAUUGAACUAGAUUGAAUGAUACAAAUGAGAUCGGUAAAGAAAUAACCUAAGAUUGGGAUGAAAACAAGGUCGAUGUAUGUGUGUAGUUCUCUUUAGGGUUUUCAACUUCAUGUCCGUUCUCCUUCCUUUAUAUAUAUCGAGUCGGCCUCUUGAUCUUCGUAAUUGCUUUGCGAUUUUUGGGACUGCUCCGCGAUCUCCGGGACCUCAAGUUCUUCGUCUUCGAACUCGAUUGCUUGCUAUGGGAUUCAGUUCCUUAUGGCCCAUAUCUUUGAUCGCGGCCCAUUAGUGUACUGACCGAAAUUGGGUCCAACAACCUGGAUCUAAAGAUACUCUCAAUUACUUUACCUCCCUCUUAAGACUCUUUAUGGUUAGUUUCAAUCUAGAGUUAUCUGGCCCGGUUUAGUUUUGGCUUUACUCUUUCCUUGAUGAAUAUUCUCCGUUUCAGAACUUAAUUUGAUGAGAUUCUUUCAAUAAUGAUAUCCUUUUUGUUUUUUUUCUUGGGCUGUUUGAGUAAGGUUUUACAGGUAGACCAUUAGUUUCUGUCUCAACUUGCGAUGUAUAGUAUUCGUUCAUGCUCGAUGCACUUUGUUCAAUGGGCUUGAAACGAACCAUAUGGAUGUCUAAUUAUUAAGUUGUUGGAGUUAUUGUUAGUAUGUUUGAUUGCCCCAUAUUCUUUUCUAUCUUCUUCUUUUUCUCUUACAAACGAAAAGACUUGGGUAAACCAAUCUUUCCAGCUGAACUGGAACAUGUCAUCGCCUCCACCACUUAGUGGAAGGUAAUAAAGAUAUGCGACACUUUGGAUUUUAUGAAAUCCAUCCGCAAUACAUGUUAUUAAAAUUGCAAGUUUAUCACAUUGCCUAGCUAAGUUCGAAGCACUAGUUUUCCACUCACCUGUAACAUGUUAAUAUUAUAAUGGUGAUACACACUAUUGAUUGGAUCCUACAGAUGAAAUAAAGUGUGUCACAAUCAUCCAACUCAGGCAUCUUGAUUUUGUAGGGACUCAAUCUUUAUGGUCCGUCUUUGUGGUAGAUGGGGUCCAUAUUUGCUUUCUUGAUUCAAUUAAGUAAUCGUGUUUUGUUGUUGUCAUGGCCUGCUGGACACUAAGAACACCAUUCAUCCAUCACUUCACACCAUUCAUCUUCCUUGCUUGCACCACUAUUAAUCACCAUCAUCAUCAUAUAAUAAAUAAACUAAACUCUUAUUGGAAUCUUAAUCGCAUAAAUCAUCAUAAUCAAUAGUGAUCUUCGUGAUUUUGUUUUAAUAAACAAUUAAAGAAUAUUCCAUGUGUAUAGGAUAUGUAUGAUAUCUUGCUUAUUUUUAAUUUAGUGUGGACUCAUCUUCGACCUCAAGCCUGUCUUUUUACUAUUUUUCUCCCUUUGACAAAGUAGCCGACGAACAUCUUGUGUUUUCCAUCACUUUUUUCUUUAGCUUUACUCUAAUUAUCUAUCUUGUGAAUUUAUUCUUCGUCAUACCAUCAUUGCAUUGCUUUGCUCUUGUUUCUAAAUUCACAUGCGUACGAAAAGGGACAUAAUAAUUGUUUGAAUUCUAAGCUCCAUUUUCUGUAGAUCGACAUUGAAAUUUCAUAUUGUGUGUGAAUUGUGAUACUUACACCUUGCCCCCACUAAAGAACUAUGCAUGAUAUUAAUGGUUAGAUUUUUUUCGAGUGGUUGGUUCCUAAUGUGGACAACAACCAAACUAUUUUCUCACCUCUAUUCAUCCAUACGAAAGUACAGUCUUUACCCGUAAAUGUUCAUGUCUUGUUCCUAUCAAAUAUAUCAGUGUCAUGUCUUAACCAUAUAAUGUUUUUUGUCUUGGAUAGAAACAUAAACUUCUAAUUAUGUCUUUCAUCUAACCACAUGAUGUUUUGUUUUUUUUUUUGUGCUAUUAGAGAGGAUGAUACUUGCGUAUGUACAAAAUUAAUUUUGCCAAAAUCAAAUCAGAAAAAGGAUUAGGGCAACUGGGCAAUAGUGGUAUAGGCUACUCCUUUUACUUUAAACCCUUGAUAUCCUCUCACACCUCUUAUUUAACUGCAUCUUUUUGUUGUCCAAUCAAAAGCACAGUUAGAUCUGUCACUACAAUGUAUAUAAUUGCUAUUGUUUGAUAGAUCCAAGACCUGACGAAGAUGACACAUUAAGAAAUUGUAUUAUAAUGUGGCUUUUGCAAAUUGAUACGAAUUAUAUAUACUAUACUUGUCAACUAAACUCCCACAUCACAAAGUAGGGAACAAUAUAAAGUUUAGAAAUGAGGAUCAUGUUCCCCUUUUUAUCUCUCUAAUCACCUCUCCUAUUUUUCUCUGUGUUACUAAAUCUUUAGUUUUUUUUUUAUCAAAUCUAAUUCUUUAUAGUUUUGUUUCACAUUUUACAAUCUUACUUAAGGUAUUCUUUUUAAGUUUUGAUUACUUUUAGUUUACUAGCUCUUGGGCCUAUGUGAAAUAAGGUUUGGUUUGAUAACACCCCUCCGGUUAGGAUUUGAUUGAUACUUGUAAAAAGCACAAUCACAUACAUGAAUAUGCAACAAUUUCAAGUGAAAUAAACAGUCGACAUCUUUAAUCACAACUAACUAAUUUAUUAACUGCAUCACAGAGUAUGGACGACUUAGAUAGAAACCGAAAGUUGGGUUCCAUUUUGGUAUGAAAAGUAGAAUAUUUGCCAAGGAUUUGUGAGAAAGAAGAAAAGAUAAAGAAAGGAGGGCAUCGAUAUCAUCGUUGGUCCAUGGUUGACAACUUGACAUGGUACACCAUUUAUGAAUAUGAGGUCUCAUCCAAAGUUUUUGUCUAAAAGCAUAUUUGAUUUUUCUGUAAUAUAAUUAUAUAAACUAAUAAAGUAGGGACGUUGAUUGUUCGAGGUUAGGCUACAGAACAAAUGAAAACCGACCCACAAAUCAAUCAAUUUCGAAAUGAUGAUGAUAUUAAUUUGUAUAACUUUUCUAAUGCCGUCUUUGCCGUGGAAAUUUCUUCUUCUUUUUCAUAGAUAAUAUUCAAAACCAAGUAGUGGAAUACAUUACUACUGCUUAUAAUAUAAAAAGGUGAAUCAUGUUCAUUCAUCUAAGUACAUUGAAAGUUAAAGAUGACUUAUAUCAUUUCCAUUAAAAAAAAGAAAACCUAGAAGAAUGAGAAAUUCCAAAAAA